UACAUGAUUUGAUGCCCAACGUUCCGAUCAAGUUUGCUGUUACCUUGUGAUGCAUAAAGGAACCUCACGCUUAUCACUGUUUCGCACACAAACACCACUCAUCACCUUCAAAGACGCCAUUUAUACUCUCUACAGUGCGGCAACACGCCAGAAAGAAGCCAAUGGAAGCGGAAAAGGAGAGGAGCCGCAUCCGGGACAACCAGCGUAGAUCCAGGGCUCGAAAGAAGGAGUACGUCCUCGAGAUCGAGCAAAAACUACGAGAUUGUCAAUCCCAAGGGGUGGAAGCUUCGGCUGAAGUGCAACAAGCCGCGCGUCGGGUUGCCAACGAAAACCACAAGCUCCGACAACUUCUCUGCACACUUGGCCUAGUCGACAGACAAAUCGAACAGUAUAUCAAGACAGGGGAACUGGACCCUUCCAUUCACAAUCUACCACUUGAUGUACAUGAAAGCAGGACUGCCGCAGCUGGGCAGGAAGCAGCCGCGUUGGAAAGCCUGCUCGUUCCACGGUGGCCAGCCUGCCUCCAAAAUCCCUUACCGUUCGUGCCAGGAAGUCGUUCGGGGAGUACCGAUCGGACCAUCACCUAUGGUCCGGCAUCAAAUUCCUCGGCUGAGGACUAUGGUCCUUCGGCCGAAGACGUCCACCAGUCGUACGGAUUGAUGAGCGCAUCGCCAGUGAACUUGAACCCUUCACCAAUCUAUCCACAGCCCGCACAUCCUCAAACCCACGAAUACGGCAGUCAUCAGCUCAGCCGAGAGAAUGUCCAAUAUGCAGAAUCCAGCCACAGUCAGACAAGCCAUGGCCCGUCGUUGAACCCGCCUGGGUAUGAUCCGAAUCAGACGUUCGAUUAUCGACCGAUUUUCUCGGCAGGAAAUCCAUUAAUAGGCCAUCCGCUCCCGACCUGCUGCGGGCCGCCGGCCGCGCCAUACGUUGUGUACCAUCCCUCACAUCAGCAGCCGAUAUCCUACGUUACGAGUCGCCUUGGAAGCAGUGCCAGCAACACCUCCAGGUCCGCUUCGGUAGCUGAUGCCGAUUUUAGUAUCGAAGAACGAGCAUCACAGCAGACGGGCAAUCCUGACGACAACGCUUGGCUACCCAAGACCCAUUUCAACAGAGUGUACCUUGAGCGCCGGAAUGGCUGAACGCAACAAAGGUAUCGGUUACCUUUCAGAACAGCCCCAUGAACCAAAUACGUACUUGCUGCCUCGAGCUGCUUGCCGAGCCAGCUUGCGAUAAGAAAGGGCAACAAUGCAGA